GAGAAGAAUUUUAUGAAGCUUCCCCCUACGAGCCGGUCACCUCUCGUCUCUCUGAUAUAUUCAGACACGCUUCAAUUGUCUCAGGAAUGGACCCCGCCACCAACUCCAAAAGCAACCACUGCCUGGACGCAGCCAAAGCCUGCAACCUGAACGACAACUGCAAGCGCCUGCGCUCGGGCUACAUCUCCACCUGCAGCAAGGAGAUCUCGGCCAGCGAGCACUGCAACCGGCGGAAAUGCCACAAGGCUCUGCGGCAGUUCUUCGACCGUGUCCCCAGCGAGUACACCUACCGCCUGCUCUUCUGCUCCUGCAAGGACCACGCUUGCGCCGAGCGCCGCCGGCAAACCAUCGUCCCCUCCUGCUCCUACGAGGAUAAGGAGAAACCCAACUGCCUGGAUCUGCGCAACACCUGACGGAUGGAUCACCUCUGCCGGUCCCGGCUGGCGGAUUUCCACGCCAACUGCCAAGCCUCCUCCUUCCAGUCCCUGACCAGCUGCCCCGGGGACAACUACCAGGCGUGCCUGGGCUCCUACGCAGGGCUCAUCGGUUUCGACAUGACUCCCAACUACGUGGACGCCAGCACCACCAGCAUCACCAUCUCGCCCUGGUGCUCCUGCAAAGGCAGCGGCAACCUGGAAGAGGAGUGUGAAAAAUUUCUCCGAGACUUCACGGAAAACCCGUGUCUCCGAAACGCCAUCCAAGCCUUCGGCAACGGCACCGAUGUGAACCUCUCCCCGAAGAACCCUUCGCCCCCCGUCACCCUGCCGCCGAAGACGGAGAAGAGCCCUGCCUUGCCGGAUGACAUCAACGACAGCAACACCAUGUACGACACGAGCAUCAUCACCACCUGCACCUCCAUCCAGGAGCACGGAGCGAAGCUCAACAAAUCCACGGAGCAGAGCCUGUGCUACUCCGAG